ACGAAGUCUACCAGCAAUACAGCCUGCGGCUUUACACCUCGCAUUGCUUUAUAGCCAAAAGCUUUCUCUUUCUUGUCAUUUCCCUCUUGUGUCUCUACCUCGCGCAUAUCUUCCCCAGAACUGGCACUGCCCGUCCCCGGGGCUACACACGCGGCUAGCCGGCGGGCGAGCGGGGGUACGAUGCAAGAUAAAGAUAAAAGAUAAAAGAUAAUUCAGAUACAUCCAUCAUCCAUGCGCCGCACUGCAACUGCGAUAAGCCAAGUAUAACUUAUCAUCCCUCGCCUACGCGAGCUCCAUGAUGCAAAGAAAGAGAUCUGCUUCUGCAUCAUGGCUGCUCACAGGCUCAAGGAGUACUUCUUCACACCGGAAAGUGCCCCGGGGGAGAGAAAGCUCGUGCGGAAGAUCGAUUUCUUCAUUCUUACCUUCUGUUGUCUGAUGUAUUUCCUGAACUAUCUCGACAGGUCCAACCUCACCGCUGCAUAUGUAUCAGGCAUGAAAUUGGUUUCCCCGGAACGCGAGAUCCAGUUCCUGCUCAAGGUACUCAGCUCCUGGCAAUGGUACGGCUUCGUCACUCUCUGGGUGAUCGCAGGCGAGACGGAGAGUUUCUCCUCCAACUCGCUCAUCUCUCUCUGGCUGCAGCGCGAAGGCGGCUACAGCGUAUCGCAGCUCAACAACUACGCCACGGGCGUGCCAGCCGUCGGCAUCAUCUCGACGCUGUUCUGGGCCACGCUGACUGAUUUCUACGGCGGCAAGCGCUAUCUCGUAGCUUAUUUCAUCGCGGUGCUCGGCAUCGUCACGUCGGUGCUGAUCUUGGUCGAUGGUGAGAAGAGACGGGUUUCUUUCGUCGCGUAUUAUCUCGCUGGCUCCGUUUAUGCUUGCCAGGCCACCUUCUUCGCAUGGGCCAACGACGCACUCCGCUUCGAAGACGAGACUUUCCGCGCCGUCGUCCUCGCAAGUAUGAAUAUGUUCAGCAACGCUGUCAACGCAUGGUGGUCCAUUGUCUUCUACCCUGCGUCCUCAGCCCCCUAUUUCACCAGAGGUAUGUGGGCUAUGAUAGCAACAUGUAUCGCGCUUGCCCUCUGGACGUCGGGACUUCUGUGGGUGAGUGUUAGAGCGGAGAAGAAGGUGGGGAGUAUAGAUGGGGAGGAGGAGGUGGUGGGAGAGAAUACGGUGCGGGUCGAAGGGAAAUGUUAGAUGGAGCGAGCUGGCGAGUUGGCUCAAUAGAGUAUAUGAAUUGAUUGAUUGUGCAUGUCAGGGAGUCUUUUUUCGCUAUACACCCACAAAAAGAACUCUUAUCUAAAUUUUGGAAUCUAUACUUAUAUAAACAUCAUUCACAAUCCAAUAUAUAUAUCAGGA